UCUUAUUAUUAGGUUUACUUUUUCAUAUUUUGAAUCUCGUUAGUAAAAAUCUCCGUACUUGAUAUUUCUUAUUAAUCAAGUUACUAUCACUCUUUGUACUUAUUCAUGGCGCAGUCUACUCCACAAGUGGAACUGCCAAUCCCAGAAUCAAACAGGCAAAUACCAGAAGAUGAAACAAAUGAGCAAAUACCAGAAGAUGAAACAAAUGAGAAGAAGAAAAUCGGAAAAAAAUCAAAUCUAAAUUAUGGAUGGUGGUGUAGAAUAUUUAUAUACAUCAUUUGCUUAAUUGGUGGUCAAUGUGCAGCUACACUUUUAGGAAGAUUUUACUAUGAUGAAGGUGGAAAUAGUAAAUGGAUGGCAGCAUUUGUUCAAUCAUCUGGUUUUCCAAUUUUGAUUCCUCUGUUUUUUUUCUUCAAAUCUCCCAAAAAAAACGAUUCUUCGCCUCUCGAAAAGCCAUCAAAAUUCACCCUUUAUAUGAUUUAUUUAGCUUUUGGACUUCUAUUAGCAGGUGACAACUUGUUGUAUUCAUAUGGAAUGUUGUUUCUUCCUGUUUCAACAUUUUCCCUGAUUUCAGCAUCUCAAUUGCCCUUCAAUGCCCUGUUUUCCCUCGUGUUAAACGCGCAAAAAUUCACAGCUUUGAUACUCAACUCUGUUGUGGUUGUCACAAUCUCAGCUGCAUUACUAGCAGUUAACUCAGAAUCUGAAACCAGUGAGCAAUUUUCAGCCGGUAAAUACGUGAUUGGAUUCAUUUGCACUGUGGCUGCAUCAUCAGCUUACGCGUUAUACCUUUCUUUAUUAGAGUUAACAUUCAAGAGAGUGACUAAAAGCGAGUCAUUUGACACAGUAGUGAAAAUGCUGUUUUAUCCGUCACUCGUUGCUAGUUGUUGUUGUGUUGUGGGGCUAUACGUUAGCGGAGAGAUGAGUAUUUUGACAGCAGAGAUGAAUGGUUUUAGCAAAGGCGAAAUUUCGUAUUUGAUGACAUUGAUUUGGACUGCAAUUUUGUGGACAAUUGGUUGGAUUGGCAUGAUGGGGUUGAUCUCUGAAGUAUCUUCAUUGUUUUCAAAUGUUAUAGGUACUCUGGGUUUGCCUACUGUACCAGUACUUGCUGUGUUUUUCUUUCAUGAUAAAAUGGAUGGUGUAAAAAUCAUUUCUUUGGUACUUGCUGUUUGGGGAUUUCUUUCUUAUGUCUAUCAGAAUUAUCUUGAUGAUAGCAAAGACAAAUCUACCAAAUCUGAGGACAUUGAAGCUACUACUACUCAUUGACAAAUUCUAAAUGGCGAAAAACAUAGCGCGUAUAUGCUACAUCAUCUCCCUCCAUUGGUGAAGCUGAGGCUUAGAGGAAAAAGGUAAUUCUCCAUUGUCAUAUAGGUUAUGCUACAUUAUUCUCAUGCUCUCCCUUCCGUCCGUGAAGCUGAGGCAAGAGGAAAAGCGUAAUUCUCCAGUGUCAUAUAGGUUAUGCUACAUUAUUUCUCAUGUUCUCCCUUCCGUCCACAAAGCUGAGGCAAGAGAAAAAGCGUAAUUCUCCAGUGUCAUAGGUGAUGCUACAUUAUUCUCAUGUUCUCCCUUCGGUCCAUGAAGCUGAGGCAAGAGAAAAGAUGUAAUUCUCUAGUGUCAUAGGUUAUGCUACAUUCUCAUGCUUCUUGAAGUUGGGGGCAAGAGGAAAAGCGUAAUUCUCUAGUGUCACUAGGUUAGUUUUCCAUUUGAAUUUUCAAAGUGUUGGUUUUUUUCUUCAGAGAAGUGGUGUUUAUGUAGUAGUGUGUUAGAUUUGAAAAAUAUGAAGUUUUUAUUAUUA